AUGGAAGAUAUUAGACUGGCUCUCUUUGCUAUGGCUCCCUUGAAGCCACCUGGACCGGACGGCCUUCCCCCAAUGUUCUUCCAAAAAUACUGGGAAUUUGUGAAAGAAGAUUUAUUCUCUCUUGUUGUGGAUUUUUUCAAGACAGGGUGUAUCGCAAAGGAAUUGAAUCGUACCUAUAUCUGCCUCAUCCCAAAGGUUGGAGCACCAGAGACGGCUGAUCAGUUCCAUCCAAUAAGCUUGUGCAAUGUGGCCUUUAAAAUCAUCACCAAGUUGGUUGCAGAUCGGCUACAUGGUAUUUUGGACCAGCUCAUAGCAUCAAAUCAAUCAGCAUUCAUCCCAAACCGGCUCAUUUCCGACAAUGUUAUGGUUGCUCAUGAGAUGUUCCACUAUAUAAAGAAGCAGAAGCGAGGUAAACAAAACUUCCUAGCCCUAAAACAUGAUAUGAGGAAGGCAUAUGAUAGGCUAGAAUGGAAUUUUGUGGAAGGCAUGUUGUUAAGGAUGGGUUUCAAUCAUUUUUGGGUUGACCGUGUCAUGGCUUGCAUCACAACGGUCUCUUAUUCCCUUCUUAUUAAUGGAUUUAUAAAGGGAUCUAUUACCCCAACUAGAGGCAUUCGGCAAGGAGAUCCAAUCUCCCUUACCAUCUUCAUUUUAUGUUCACAAGCCCUCACAGCUGUUUUAAAGCAAGCUAAAGCGGCCAGUGCUUUGCAUGGGGAAGUUAAUGCACUCAAGGAAUGCUUGGAUUUGUACUGUACAGCUACUGGCCAGUCUAUAAAUUUACAGAAGUCAAGCCUUACCUUCAGCCCAAACACCCAUACCAAAUUUAAAAGGUGGUUUUCAAGAGUUCUAAAAGUGAAAUAUGGUGAUGGCCCGUCAAAAUACCUGGGGCUACCGACUAAUUUUGGUGUAUCAAAGAAGGUGAUCUUUCAAGAUGUUCAGGAGAAAACCAUUAACAAACUGCAAGGAUGGAAGGGAAAGUUACUUUCCCCUGUAGAUUUCAAGGUGCACACUCAAAGACCUGUGGGUUGCACGACUACUCAGGUAGCCGAUCUCAUCGAUCCAAUAAGUCGAUCAUGGAGAACCAGUCUCUUACACAGGUACCUGCAACCUGAUGAGGUGAAUGCAAUUCUGAAAAUUUCUCUAAGUAUUUUUGUGGAAGAGGACUCACAAGUGUGGGGAGCUUCACAGACCGGAGCAUUCUUAGUGAAGUCGGCCUAUCACUUGUUGGCAAGAAAGGAGGGUGAGCUCCAAUUCAAGACUUCACACAUGGGAGAUGAUUCCAAAAUCGGUCUAAGGAUUUGGAAAAUUCAGACCUUGCCAAAAAUAAAAAAUUUUAUUUGGAGGACUUGCAAUGAAGGUGUUGGGACGGCCUCGGGUUUCCUCUCCAAGCAGAUCCCAAUUGACCCUUCGUGUCUUCGAUGUGGUGCUGAAGUUGAAACUGGAGAUCACCUCCUUCUGGAUUGCCCCUUUGCGAGAGCCGUGUGGUUUGGGAGCACACUCCAAUACUCCCCUCUGACUGAUGUUCGUCCUACUCUUGUUGAUUGGUUGCAUAGUUGGGAAGAGAUAUCUCGUAUGGACAACCGGAAGGCACGUGAAUCCCUCUCAAGAGCAUCCUCCAUCAUUUGGUACCUAUGGAGAGCGCGCAAUGAGCUGGCUUUCCACUCAAAGCAGUGGUCACCAACGAAGGUUAUUUCAAUGGCAGAGAAGGCCUUCCUUGAGUAUGCCGAUGUAUGGAUGCCUUCAAGGGUUGGCAGUGCCCCCUCACCCUCUCACAACAACACAGUGCUUCAGCGAUCUUGGACUGCCCCGCCUUCGGGCUUCAUUAAAGUGAACUGCGAUACAGCCCUCCCGGUUAACAGUUCAAAAGGUGGGCUGGGAGUGGUUUUCAGAGACCAUAAUGGCAUGCAGGGUAGAUGUGUUUCUAUCCCCCACAGUUUUGGAACAGCAUCGCAGGGCGAACUAUUAACAAUCCAUCUCGCUCUUAAGCUAGCUUUGGAAUCAGGCUUCACACAAAUCCAACUUGAAUCUGAUUGCAAGGAGGCAGUGGACUUUAUUCAUGAUCAGGAUCGACCACCCCUACCCAUUCUACUGUGGUGUUGGCUGAUAUCAGAAGACUUGCUACCUGCUUCUCUUCUAUCUCCUUUUUUUGUAUCCCACGGGCGAUCAAUGCUGUAG